CAAAACGACAACCGCUGCAAGACAAUAAUAUUUUGUUCGAGAAAGAGAACACGAUAUAUCCGUGCGAAUAGAGUCGACCAGCUGAUUUUUAUUCGGAAAGACCGUGUUACUCACAUUUUUAUUCAGAAACUGGCGUUCAGUUCCUUUGUGUCUCCGCUAGAUGUCGGUUCAAUUUUGACAUAUCGUCUAAACAUUUCACUGUGUGAAAAUAUUGUCAUAUCUUACUGUAGGAACUGUGUUAAAGACCUGAGAUAUUUCGUGGUUCUAUCAAAAUGUUUGUUUAAAAAUUCUAUUUAUCAAACAAAAUUUUAAAAAAUUGAUCGUUCUACGCGAAUGAUGCUCAAAAAAUUGUGAUUGCUGAACGGAUAAAUUUAUUUGAAAAUAUUUAUAGUGGAAAAUUAUUGAAAAUUGUGUAACACAAAGUACGGUAUUUGGAUGGAGAAAAAAAUUUUAUAUGGAAAAUGUGAAAAUUUACCUGCAAUGCACUGAUUGUGUUUAUGUGAACGAAAUUGUUCGUAUUAAUUUUGGUCAAACUGUUUGUUCAUUUCUGUGAAUUCUAAUAAAAGUAUUUUCGCUCUUUUUCAAACUCAGAGGGGUUGUUUGUAAUUGCAAAAGCGUGAUUCGUGGCUAAGUGAAUUUUAUGUAACGAAUUAACCGUUCCAUUGAAAAACAAAUCAAUCAAUUUUUUUUUUAAAUUCGUUUUAUCGUAAAUUCUUUGCUCCACAUAUGUAAAUGUGAAAUUCAGCCAAAUGGUGAAUUCAUAAUUCUAAUUGUGAUGUCUACAUCUUGAUUAUAAAUAAACAAACAUAUAUAUUCGUUGCGGUAAUGGAUUCGAAAAUCAUCCAAUUGGAAUAAAAUCUUAAAAUUAAAGUCAUGACAAUAAUGGAAAAGAGAAAUGUUGCUGUUGUUGUUAUGUCAAUAUAGAGUUAUAGUAAUUUUUUUAUCAUUUCCUGUUGUAAAUGUGAUUUCUUAGUAAAUAUGUAAGAACGUUGACAAUAUAUAUGAAUAUAUGCUCACAACAAAAGUUUAACGGAAAUAACCUUAGCAAGGACCAUUGCUGAAUAAGGAAAAUGCUUCGUCAAAAACGGCAACCAAAACCCAUACGAUGGGGACUUAAAAAAAUCUGUUGGGGUCUGAUAAAUAUUACCGUACCACGGCAUGCUCCCAGAAGUUGGAUCGAAGCGAAUUUCCAAAAGCGAGACUGCGUUAAAUUUAUUCCGAACCCAAAGGACGAAACAAAAUGUUGUUGUGGUCAAUCACGUACAACCCAUCAAACUAUACCUGGCAUCGAGGCUGGCACACCAGGAGAUGUAUGGGUACCAUACAAGCAUACGAGAUCACAUCCCACAGACGCUUACGGAACAAUUGAGUUUCAAGGUGGUGCUCAUCCUACCAAAGCACAAUACGUUCGUCUAUCAUAUGACACCCGACCAGAAUUGUUAGUUCAGUUGUUUACAAAAGAAUGGAAUUUGGAAUUACCCAAACUGCUUAUAACGGUUCAAGGUGGCAAAGCUAAUUUUGAACUUCAGCCGAAGUUAAAAAAGGAAAUACGCAAGGGUUUGCUGAAAGCUGCAAAAACCACUGGAGCAUGGAUUUUUACUGGUGGCACCAAUACGGGUGUAACAAAGCAGGUCGGAGAUGCCCUGCUUCUGGAAGGUCAACAAAGAACCGGAAGAGUGGUUAGCAUUGGUAUUGCACCGUGGGGCAUUGUCGAACGUAAUCAUGAGUUACUGGGUCACAACAGAGACGUCCCGUGCCAUAGCAUUAGUUCGCCGAGGUCAAAAUUGGAGGUGCUUAACAACCGACAUGCAUACUUCCUACUUGUAGAUAACGGCACACAAGGACGUUAUGGUGCCGAGUUGAUUCUUCGACGUAAACUCGAAAAGUUUAUUUCAAACUUAAAACUGCAUCCAUUUACCCAUUCUAGUACGCCGGUGGUGUGUUUAGUUAUUGAAGGUGGAACUAAUACUAUAAGGGCUGUUUUGGAAUAUGUUACCGAUACUCCGCCGGUACCAGUUGUUGUAUGUGAUGGAUCUGGUAGAGCAGCUGACUUAAUUGCUUUUGUGCACAAGUACGCUGCUGAUGGUGAAGAACAAACAGUAUUGGAAUCGAUGCGAGAUUACCUGCUUAACACAAUCCAAAAAACAUUCGAAGUUGGAAUCGAUCAAGCAGAAUGCUUGUACCAAGAACUGUUACAAUGUACCCGAAAUAAGAAUUUGAUAACUGUGUAUCGAAUCCAAGAAAAACCCGAGGGUGAGGUGCACGAAUUGGAUCAGACCAUACUAACGGCACUGUUUAAGUCGCAGCAUUUAAGUCCUCCCGAGCAAUUGAGUUUAGCAUUGACAUGGAAUCGCGUCGACAUUGCUCGAACCGAAAUUUUCGUUUACGGACAAGAAUGGCCGCAUGGGGCUCUCGACGAAGCUAUGAUGCAGGCUCUAGAACAUGAUCGGAUCGAUUUCGUUAAAUUAUUGUUAGAAAAUGGCGUUUCAAUGAAGAAAUUUUUAACCAUUCCAAGGCUUGAAGAGUUGUACAACACAAAACAUGGUCCAGCUAAUACUUUAGGAUUUAUUUUAAGAGAUGUUCGUCCUCACAUACCCAAAGGAUACAUUUAUACGCUUCAUGAUAUAGGUUUAGUAAUAAAUAAAUUGAUGGGUGGUGCAUAUCGGUCUUACUACACCCGUCGAAAAUUUCGUCCAAUUUACGCCAAAGUUAUGAAUAGCUACGUGAAUACAUAUAGAAAAUCGUCAACAUUUCAACGUCAUCCUGGUGCUAAUUCAAUGAGCCUUUUAGCGGGACUUCUUCCAUUUACAUCCGAAAUGGCUUUGUUUGAAUUUCCCUUCAACGAGCUUCUGAUAUGGGCUGUGCUAACAAAACGUCAAGAAAUGGCUCUACUUAUGUGGGCUCAUGGUGAAGAGUCAUUAGCCAAAUCACUCGUCGCUUGUAAAUUGUACAAAGCCAUGGCACACGAAGCAGCUGAGGAUGAUCUGGACACAGAAAUUUACGACGAACUGAAGGCUUAUGCUAAAGAUUUCGAGGCGAAAGGAAUAAAACUUUUAGAUUUUUGUUAUCGACAAGAUGCAGAACGGGCACAACGAUUGCUCACUUGUGAGCUGCAGUCGUGGUCAAGCCAAAGUUGUUUGUCACUAGCUGUAGCUGCUAAUCAUAGGCCGCUGUUAGCUCAUCCGUGCAGUCAGGUUAUUUUGGCCGAUUUGUGGAUGGGUGGAUUGAGGACGAGGAAAAACACUAAUCUGAAGGUCAUGCUCGGUUUGAUAUGUCCACCAUUUAUAACCAAAUUGGAUUUUAAGUCAAAGGAGGAGUUGCAAUCGAUGCCACAAACAGAGGAAGAACAUCUGGAAAAUCAAAAUUUGGAUUACGAAGAUCUGGAUAAAGCCCAUCCCGAUGCCGAGAAUCCACCUAAACGGAAAAAAUCAAUUUCGCUUAAAUAUGAAAUAGGUCGUCAGACGUGUACCCAGGCUCUUUUGGCCGACCCAUAUCCGAUGAAAGACACCAAAGUUCAAGAGAACGGAAAAGUCGGUCUUUCUGGAUCGGAAGUUGCAAAAGUCUCACUGUCUGAUUCUGAUUGUGGUCAAAAGGAGUUCCUGCAAAUAUCUUAUGACUACGAAAUUAAGCAGCACCGACCACUUCGUCUUAAGAAGAAAAUUUAUGAAUUUUACACAGCUCCCAUAACUAAAUUUUGGGCUGAUUCUAUGGCAUACAUGAUAUUUUUGGUACUAUUCACAUACACGGUUUUGGUGAAAAUGGCACCGUCACCAACAUGGCAAGAAGUUUAUUCGAUUGCUUACAUAACCACAAUGGGCUGUGAGAAAAUCCGUGAAAUUAUCUCUUCGGAACCAGUAGCAAUAUCACAUAAAUUUGCUGUAUGGGCAUGGAAUAUGUGGAACCCGUGCGAUGCUGCAGCAAUAAUAUUUUUUGUUAUUGGUUUAACCUUAAGAUUUAGGCCGAAUACGAUGGAUGCAGGACGUGUGAUCUAUUGUUUGGAUAGUAUCUACUGGUACUUACGAAUACUUAACAUCCUGGGAGUUAACAAAUAUUUAGGUCCACUGGUUACCAUGAUGGGUAAAAUGGUUAAGAAUAUGAUUUAUUUUGUGGUUCUUUUACUUGUUGUACUGCUCAGUUUUGGCGUGAGUAGACAAGCAAUUUUAGCUCCGCAUAAAGAGCCCAGCUGGAGUCUGGUCAAAGGUGUGUUAUAUCAGCCAUACUUCAUGCUUUACGGAGAAGUAUUUGCCGAUGAUAUUUACCCAGACUGUGGAGAGAGUCCUGGGCAAAUACCAUGUGUUACUGGUAACUGGGUGACACCGAUUACAAUGGCCAUGUACUUAUUGAUAGCAAACAUACUGCUCAUAAAUCUGUUGAUAGCGGUUUUCAACAACAUUUUCAUUGAAGUGAAUGCAGUGUCGCAUCAGGUGUGGAUGUUCCAACGUUUUACCGUAGUCAUGGAAUAUCAACAAAAACCCGUACUGCCACCGCCAUUGAUUGCCUUCAGCCAUUGCUACUCAUUGCUCAAAUAUUUUAUACGGAAAGCGAAAGGUAGAGAAUGGUUUGAUUUGCCACGUGAUAACGGAUUGAAAUUAUUUUUGGAAAAAGAUGAUAUGGAACGUCUGUACGAUUUUGAAGAGGAAUGUGUGGAAGGAUACUUUAGAGAGCAAGAAAUUGUGCUCAAUCAGUCAACGGAUGAACGGAUUAAGGCAACCAAUGAUCGGGUCGAGAAUAUGACGCAAAAGAUUGAAGACAUCAAUCAGAAAGAAAACAUUCAAUCGGCAACCGUUCAGAACAUUGAUUUUCGAUUGCGAAAAGUCGAAGAAUCGGCAGAACAAAUAUUAUCUACUUUAGCUGUGAUACAUAGAUUUAUGUCGGCGCAUACAUCUAUUCAAGAAAAUCUACAUGGUUCGUCAAGCAAUAUAAGCACAGACAAUCGUCAAAGAGGAAUUACUUACUCUGAACAUCAAACACUACAGGUAACGGGUAAACCUAAAUUCAAUCGAUCAUUAACGGAGGUGCGGCCAGACGCUUACAUUUUCGAUGAUGGCCAUCAUUUUGAAGUGAGACCGGUGCAAGAAGAGGAUGAAGCUGUGGAUAGAACUGACAUAUUACGAGAGAUACCCAUAGCAAAAGCGCGGAAGCAGUCGAUACUCUCUGAAGAUUCCGACAUUUUUUGUCACGAAAAACAUCUCCAUUCGUCUGAUACAGUUAAGAAACCUCCGUUUUUGAAUAUCAUCCGACAAGAGACCACGAGCACAGAAAGCAGAGAUACGCUAACACCGCUCGAGGCUAGCGAUGAUCACACAUUGGUCGAUGAUGGUUCUGCGGAAAAUAUAACGGACUUAAAUUUCGAGGCAGCUAAGAGGAAUGCAAUACGACGCAGAUCGAUGGCUCGUAGAAAUUCAGAGUGCUGUUCGAAUUACAACGACAUACAAAGAUCACAAACUAGUCUAAUUGCAGCGGGUGCAAUGAGUCGACGACAAGUUAGUUUGACUCAAUCGGAACCAGAUAGUGGAAAUGAGCAAGCUCCUGUUAAAGUUGUAUCAGUCAAGCCUAACAGGAAUCUUCUAAUGAAAUUCCACACUCAAUACACAUCCAUUACCGAUGAGUUAGAGAACAUUUGUCAGACAAUAACAUCACCAACUCUUUCUAUUCGUGAUUCGGACAAAACGGUGCAUGACAUGUCAAAGGCUGAAAUUGCGGCACUGAUUGAACGGCAGCAUUUGAAGGAAUGCGAAGAAAAUGAUUAUGUGAUGCUGUCCAGAUUGUUCUAUAACCGCGGAUCGAUCGAAGAAACAGACGAUAAUUUUGAGGGAUCAUCACUGGAUCUACCAAAUCGACAUCCACUUCGUCGUGAAACCGCCGUUGAACUUCCAGUGACUCCAUCAAAAUCGAAUGACCCGGAUAGUGAUCCAGCUGAGUAUGAACUUCGCGUCGACCGAACGUCUACAGUCAAUCGCAAUUUAUCGGCUGAUCAUUCGACGAUCCGAGUCAUGACAUCCCAAAACUAUCUCAUCCCCUCGAUGUCAGAACCCAUUCCUCAUCCAUUCAAAUCGUCUUCAGACAGCAUUCAGAAAAAUUCUAGCACAGAAACCGAAUAUUCGCUGCAACCGUACCAAGUGAUCAAACAAAGUUCAAAUGAAACAAAUCCUUCGUUCACUGGAUCAUUCAACGUAGACAAUCCUCUAACACUAGAAUUGUCUAUCGACACAGACAAUAGUCAUAAUGUAACUGUUAUUGACGGGGAUUACGUCGAUGACAAGGAUAAUGUACCGAUCAUUAACUGCAAUGUUAAAAAGUUCGGCGAAAUUCGCCAUUCGAUAAAUGAGGUGCGCGGUGGUCUGAAGAAACAGUUCAGCAUGGAUCAAGGUCAAUUGUCACCAAAGAUCAUUGAAAGUGGCGUCCAGAAAAGUUGCUUGAAACCGUCAAACACGAAUUCGAAAUUGAUCGGUGCGUUGAAGGAGAGUAGUUCGACUAGUACGGAUGAAUCGAAGGAUGACAGAACCAUUCCAACGAUAAGCACAAAUUUAGUGCAAGAUGAAAUUGCCAAAUUGUCGUCGAAUAUUAAAAGUAGUACCGAAGACGAUAAAGAUCCACCGUAUAAUGAAACCAUGUGCUAGUGGCGUUUAUUUUAAAAGUUUUUCUCUCUUUUUUGAUUUCAAAUCCAUUUUUGUUUUAUUUUGUUAUUUCGUUAGUCAUUCUUAGUGAUCCCGAAUAGAUAAUGAAUAGAACCAGGAGAACACUCUUAGCAAAAAUAAUAAUUAUUUUUUUUACUCAGAUUUGUGGUUACCGUUCAGGCCAAGUUACUGUCUUUUUGUCAUUAAUAUUUAAGUGAAAGAUUUUUCUUUAAUAAUAAUAAUUGCCUUGCGUUGUAAAUAUUUAUUUGAUUGAUUUCGUGUCAGCUAGGUACUUAAAUUAGUUUUUAAUUUCGUCCAAUUUAUUUUUAUAGUCUUU